AUGGUAAUUGUAAUGAUUGUAUUUCUGGAUUCAAAACAACAAUACUGUUCAAGUUGUUCUGCUGGUACUUAUUCACAAAGUGGAGCUUCUUUUUGUAUCACUUGUCAAACAAAUUAUUGGUCUACAACGACAUCUUCUUCCUGUACCAAAUGCGAUUCAUCUUGUAAAACUUGUAAUAAUGAAAAUGGGAAAUGUACUUCAUGUUAUUCUGGAUAUAAUUUUGUUUCAACUUCUGGUCAGUGUCUUGCGUGCGAUGCUGGAUAUUAUUCAAAAGGAGGACAGAAUUCCUGUUCUCAAUGUGAAGAAGGAACGUAUUCAUCACAUUCUGGUUCUUCGACUUGUACCAAUUGCGAUUCAUUAUGUAAAACGUGUUCUAAAACCACUGGUCAAUGUCUAACAUGUUAUUCUGGUUAUAUAGUUUCUGGAGGUAAUUGUGUAGCUUGUUCUGCUGGAACGUGCUCUUCAAAUAACAAAUGUGUAACGUGUCCUUUAUUAACAUAUUCAACUGGAGGUAAAAGUGUAUGUACAAAUUGCGACACCAGCUGUAAAAGCUGUGAUAACACAAAUGGAAAUUGUUUGUCGUGUUUUGACGGGAUGGCUAAAAAUGGAAAAACCUGUGUAGAAUGUGCAAAGGGGUAUUACAGUCAAAAUUACGAGUGUUCACAAUGUCAAACAGGUACAUUUUCAUCAUCCACAAAUACUUCAAAUUGUAUGGAAUGCUCUGAUAGAACCUUUUCGAAUAUUACGGGAAGUAUAUCAUGUACUCCAUGUAACGGUAUUUGUAAAAGUCCAUGUGAGAAAAAGACAGGUAAUUGUGUAGAUUGUCUUUCUGGGUAUAUAUUAAAUAAUGGAAAUUGUUCAAUAUGUUUAGCUGGUACAUAUACAAAUUUAAAACAAUCAUAUUGUCUUACUUGUCCUGCUGGUACUUAUUCAUUAGAUGGUGCAUCUUCUUGUGAUCAAUGUCCAACAAAUUAUUGGUCUUCAUCUGGAACUUCUGUGUGUUUUAAAUGUGAUUCAUCUUGUUUGACUUGUGACAAAACAAAUGGGAAAUGCACAUCAUGUUAUUCUGGCAAUGCAUUGAAUUCAAACGGUAAUUGUAACUUAUGUCCAAUAGGUACAUCACUUUCUAAUGGAAAAUGUACAAGUUGUAGUGAAGGAACAUAUCAGGACAAAACUGGUCAACUUGUGUGUAAACCCUGUGACUCAAUUUGUCAAACUUGUUCAAAAACGACUGGAAACUGUAUUACAUGUGUUGCUGGACAUGAAUUAAUAAAUAGUGUAUGUACCUCAUGUGAAGAGGGUAAGUACUCACUUGGAGGCAAUUCCGUGUGUGUAAAUUGUCCAUCAGAGUGUCAAACGUGUAUCAAAGAAAGUGGCACGUGUUCUUCCUGUAAAAAUGGGUUAAAGCGAGUCGGCGACGAAUGUGUGUCUUGUUCUGAUACAGGGAAGUGUCUUUCCUGUGAUUCAAAUAUAAUUGAAAGUGCAAGAAAGUGUUCUUCAUGUGAAGAAGAUAAUUAUUUGUAUGAAGGUUCCUGUUAUUUGUGUACCGAAAUUAACACAAAAUGUAUAAGAUGUUCAAAAACAACUAAAAGUUGUUACGAGUGUAGUGGAAGUUAUAUAUCAACUGGCGACAGUUGUGCAUUAUGUGCAGAAGGGAUGGUCAAAAGUGGGACUGUAAGUUGUGUCAAUUGUUAUGAAAAAAUUCCGAAUUGUAAGACGUGUGAUUACAAUAAUGGAAUUAUUCAAUGCACUCUCUGCUUUGCGCCAUACAUUUUGAAUGAUAAUAAAUUGUCGUGUAUUGAUGCUAAUAAUAACAGCUACCACUACAAUUCAACAACAAAUAACGGUUCACCAAAUCAAGUUGGAUGUAUCAAACAAGUCGAUAAGACAUGUAUUAAGUGCAAUGACUCGUUAAUUAUAGAAAAGGGAGAGUGUUAUAACAUCAAAGGAAAUUGCACUCAAAAAUCAACAGUGACGUGUGAUGUGUGUGAAAAUGAUAUAAUAACAACAAAUUGGAAUUGUUUUUUCGAACAAAAUAUGACGUGUAAAUAUCAAAAAACAAAUGAAAACAAAAAGUGUCUUCAAUGCCAAAAUAUCAAGAAAGGCGACGACUGUAAUGAACUCAUUGCAAAUUGUGUGAUAUCACAAAAUAAUUAUUGUUAUAUACCAACAGAGGGAUUUUACAUUGCGAAUAUUUCAGUGGAAAAAUGUGAUGAAUCAACUGUUUGUAUUAAUAAAGACAAAACCAUCAUUAUUUUGAGAUGUUCUGGCAACAAAAUUUUAAAUGAAAAAAUUGACUGUCUGAAUGAUGAAAAGUGUGAAACAACAGAGUCAAGUGAAUGUAUAAAAUGCAUAGACAAUUAUUACAUCCAACAAGGAUUAUGUGUGCUAAAUAACAAUAAAUGCCUUAUUCAAUAUGGUAAUGAAUGUCUUGCAUGUAAAGAUGGCAUUCUAUCGGAUGGGUUGUGUUAUACAUAUGACGAAAUCAACUGUGGAUUGUUUACAUAUACAUGUAAAAGGUGUGAAGAUGGGUACUACAAAGAAGAACACUCAUGUGUAUCCAAAGAACAGUAUCCAAAUUGCACGCAUAUUUCUGUUGUUGAAAAGAGUUGCGUUCAUUGUGACAAUGAGUAUAAUCUUGAAGAUGGAAAAUGCAAUAAAAAAGCUGUACAAAAGGAAUACAGUUUAUAUCUAAAGUGUACUAAUAAAAAUAUCAAAGCAGAUUCAAAUGAAACACACAAUUGUUUUGAAUUAACAGAAAGUGGAUGUCUUCGAUGUUUAGAUGGUUAUUAUUUAGACAAAAUGACAUGUAAAAAAUGUGAAGAGCCCUGUGUUAAAUGCUCGAAUCAGACAUAUUGUACUGGUUGUAAUGCAUAUUCAAACAACAAAGAUGGGACAUGUGAAGAGAUCAACUCUCUCAUUGAAGUGUGUGAGGUCAUGAUGUCCACAUACACGGGCUGUGUCAAAUGUAAAGAUGGGUAUUACAAAUCAAUGGAUGGCAAACAGUGUAAUAAAUGUGAUAUAUCUUGUGAGACGUGUAUGAACGAAAAGAUGUGUCUGUCAUGUUCAGAAAAUUAUUAUCAAUCCAAUUCACACUCUUUGUGUCUCAACCAAAAUGAAUUAAUUCAUUGUGUAAAUAAAACGAGAAGUGGAUGCACUUUAUGUGAAUUUGGAUAUUUUAUAUAUCAAAAUGAAUGUCAAAAGUGCAAAGAUAAUUGCACCUCUUGUGAUGCAAAUGAAGACUGCAGUUCGUGUGAGGAUAACUACAUAUUACAAAAUGGUGAGUGUCUCAUCUAUUCCUCAAUGGAUAACUGCAUUUCAUCGAGUUAUUCGAAGUGCUCGCAAUGUGCAAAAAAUUACAAAUUAAAUGACGACCAAAAUUUGUGUGUGAAACAAAAUAAGUACUUUUUGUAUAUUGGUAUCCCAGUGAUAAUAGUCUGUAUUGUUAUAAUAAUACUGACUAUUAUUAUACUCACGCUUUUUGUUCUUAUUUUUAAGAAAAAGGAAGAAAAGAAAAUGACAAAUAUAUGCGUUUUUAAAAUCAAGAGAUCAAACGUUACAAUGAAGAAAUUGGACAAUGACAUUUUAGUGAACAAAAGUGAUUUAUCUUUCAAUGAAAAUGAUGUCAAAAUUCCAGUUGAACAAUCAACACGAGAAUUGUUGUGUGUGGGGACACAAGGAAAAGGGAACAUGAAGAUACAAAUAACAACUCGUGAAAAUUGUGAUGAAUAUGACAUCAGAACAGAACCAAAAAUAGUCACAAUGAAGAGCGGAUAUGCUUGUGAAUUUGAAAUAUUUAUCACUCCAAAAUGCACAUUGAAAACUCAAGACAAUUUUGUGAUAGUUUCUCUUAACUUACUCACUGGAAUCACUACAAUGACUAACUUCCCAUUUUCUGUUGAAACUGAAGAAUCAACCAAAUUAAAUUACAAGGAACUAAUUGAAGAGAAGGUGCUUGGUGAAGGUUCCUUUGGUAUUGUUUACAAAGGAACUUUUAGAGGGAACGUCGUGGCAAUAAAGAAAAUGAAACAGAGUGGAAAUGAAAGUUUAAAAAGUGGCGAUUUAUCUGAAUUUGAGAAUGAAGUUUCAAUGUUGGACAAAUUCAGGU